UAUAGACACAGGGGCGGGGGUCUACACCCAUGAAGCGCGUGCGUGUUCUGUGCGUGCACGUGAGACACUGAGGGGAGGUGGUCCAUCUCAGAUCUGCACUUUGGUUCCCCAAAAGACUCAGAAUUUGGUUCUAGAGUUCACAUCUGGAUCACGAUGCGCCCACGCGCCCCUCACGAAUCCAACCCCGCGCGGAACCUGACACGAUCCGAUCUGUCCUGAACCCCCCCGCCCCCCUCCCUCUCUCUCCUGUGAGGAGGAUCUCUCGCUGCGUCGCGUCCGUGGAUCAUGUGAAGGCGCCCGGAGCGCGAGGACGGAGCGCGUCCAGCGAGCGCGCGUGCUGGAUCCAACAAGUGGAUGCAGGAGGCUGCGCGCGCCAGGCAAUCCCGAACCUCAAACCCCAGUCGGUGGAUUUAUAAACUGCAGUCUGCCUGGAUCCCUCCACGCGCAGGUGACCUCCACGGAUCGCGCGCAGAUGUAAAGCGCCCGCGCGCGUUCGGCAUUUUUGGGCUUUAUUUGAUCUUUCACGCACAGAUCUGUGGCGCUUUGAGGUAAGACACCACCGCGCGCUCUCCGCGGACAGAAAGAAGAUCAGAGGAGUCCCCCUCAUCCAUGGACUCGCUCCCGCGCUCCCUCUCAGAUCGCGGGGGGAAGUGGGGAUCCUCUGUGUAGUCUUCAUUUAUGACGAGGCUGCAGGUGGCAGCCAAAGGUCGCAGCCAUGCCGAUGCAUCCGGUCACCUCCACGCUGAUGUACCGGGGCAUGUGCACCAUCCCCGACAUCCUCUACAGCGCGCCGGUCAACCUGCCCGAAGACGAGGUUGAAGAAAUCCGCGAGGCCUUCAAAGUGUUCGAUCGCGACGGAAACGGCUUCAUCUCCAAGCAGGAGCUGGGCAUGGCCAUGCGCUCUCUGGGGUACAUGCCGAAUGAGGUGGAGCUGGAGGUCAUCAUCCAGAGGCUGGACAUGGACGGUGAUGGCCAGGUGGAUUUUGAAGAGUUCGUUACCCUUUUGGGUCCAAAGCUGACAGCAUCUGGGAUGCCAGACAAGUUCAACGGCACCGACUUUGACUCGGUGUUUUGGAAGUGUGACAUGCAAAAGCUGACAGUGGAGGAGCUGAAGAGGCUUCUGUACGACACCUUCUGUGAUCACCUCUCCAUGAAAGACAUCGAGAACAUCAUCAUGACCGAGGAGAACCACAUAGAGAACCCAGAGGACUGCCAGGUGGAUAUAGACAGCUCCAGCCCGACGCAGCAGGUCAAGCAAACGUGCGUGCGGAAGAGUCUGAUCUGCGCCUUCGCCAUUGCGUUCAUCAUCAGCGUCAUGCUGAUCGCGGCCAAUCAGGUGCUGCGAAGCGGCAUGAAGUAAUCCACCUGAAGGCUGCUUUCCAUAGAAAUGACUGAGGAGACUGAAAAACAAACGAAAACAUAAAAACAGACAAUCACCCAGCUGCAAAACAGACCAACAGAUGACUGCAGAACCACUGGAGACAACAAGGACUUUGCAUGAGGAGGAACUCGUCUCACUGACAAACAUUCAAGGACGCCGCAGAAAUUAUCUCUUUUUUUUUUUUGUGGACAGCUGACGACACAUAUCAUUCCAAGUCAAAUAACCUUGAAUAUUCAUUAGCUAUGUGCGUUGAGCAGUGUUGCGUCAGUGGUGACAGCCGUAGAGAAGAAUGUGGUGAUCGUCCGGUUCUGUAUUCGUCCAGUGCACCAUUAUGAAAAACUGAAAAAAAGGUAAAAAUGAGAUUCUAAGUGUGCAGCAGUUCCACCGUCACCCAAAGGAGUGGAAAGAUUUGCCGUCUGAGACGGAGCAGUGGUGCAAUAGGCAGAACGGAGGGUUGUUGGGGUAAAUUUGAACAGCAGGAAAUGAGCUCGACAUGCAGCAAAAACUCAACUCUGCUCGCAGGCCUUAGAGGACGACCAUCUAUGCAUGAAAUGCAUGGAUCUAAAAAAAUACAUCAAAAAAAGAAAAAAAAAAAAACUUGUUCUGAUUCAUUUGUCAAAGUUACUAUCAGUGUAGUAACCAUCAUGACUGUGUACCUGAUUCAAUCACCAAAUAACAACUGUGACCGACACGAGUGGCGCGUGGAAGCGAGGCAUCAGAUGCAUGAGCAGAGGCUGCUUUUGCACGCGCUCAGUAACAACAACAACAACAACAACAAACAUGUUCUGCCUCGAUACGAUCCGUCACUCCCACAGGACUGUUUCAAAGUGUUAACGAAUAUGCACUCAACUCGAUCUGAUUGUUUUUGAGGAAGCAAAUGUAAUAAAUGCUUUAAUAGAGCAAUAAUCUACACGUCAACCAGUUAUUUGAAAAAUAAAUCUCAAUACAGAAAUAAAUAAACAGCAAUUAGGUUUGAAAAGCAAACCAUUGCAAUAAAAAACAUGUAUUUGUUGGGAUGUUUGUUGGCUUGUUUUCAUGUGCAUGCAUUUUGAUGGACUGUGCAAACAUCCCAACUAGAGUAAAACGGCAGGAAGUGGAAUCAGAAAACAGGCCAACUUACCAAAAUAAGAGCGAUUUCUUUACUUGAAGUCAAACUGAGGAGAGAACCAAGAGUUUUGUGCUGUUCUGUCUGUCUUUACGUCACGCAAAUCCAUGAAAUUUAUAUUUUUUUUAUCCCAUAGUUUCUAGAAGUUGAAAUUUACAAAAGGAAAAAAAAAAUAUAAAAGGCUAGAGAGAAAAGUAAGGGUUUAUUGCCAUUUAUAAAUGUUAAAGCACAUUGGAUUUUUUCUUUGGCAGCUCUUGAGUCGGGAUUAUUACAGAAGUCAACAAAACUUGAACAAGAAUCAUAAAUACAAAUUAGAGAUAAGACUUUAAGAGAGAAAAAUAUAUAAAAAGAAAGAAUUCUGUAUUAAAAUCCCAAACUUUUGACUUGUUUCAAAGAAUUCUGACAUUAAUUUAAAAACAAUGUCCUAAAUAUCAGAGAACAUAGUUAGAAAUUCUAAUUUUAGUUGAAGUCAAAACUUUCAUUUUAUUUCGAAAUAAUUUUUUUAAAUAAAAGAAAAUCUAAAUUGAACCGGAAAACCGUAACACAAAUACCAGUUUUUAUUUCUAGUUUUUUCUUGAAAUUCUAACUUUCUAAUUUUAACAAAAAAUGAAAGAUUGGGCCAAAUAACACAAGUUCUGUAGUAUUUUACAUUUAAAAACAUUACUUUUUAUCAAAAAUAAAUGUUUGAAUUGAGCAAGCCAUCAAGUCAGUAUUUUAAUUUCAUGAAAACUAUUAAUUUUAGAUGUAAAAAAUUACAGAACUUCUGUUAAUUGUUUUAAUAUUUCACUUUUUUCAGUGUAAAUAUCUGACUUUAUGUUAAAUAUUUUCCUCCUGGCCCAAACUGAAUCAAAAAGUCAGAAGAAUCAAAGUAUCUAAAAUGAAAAACAGUGCUAAAUAAGCAUAAAGUUUGGUUGUAAAAUAGUUGCUUUUCAUUCUAAGGGUUUGAGCUAAAUUUGCACAUCAGAAACGACUAAAAGCUCCACAAUUAUGUGAGAAUUAACUUCAGCAAUUUGCCAAACGUUCAAUUUCAUAGAGAAAAAAGCUAAAACUCCCAUUUAGUGAUAUUUUUGUUCCCAUCCAGCACUUUAAAAAUGUGCUUCAGUGCACGACUCACCGCCAUGAUUGUUCAUAAACGUAGUUCAACCAUCGAUAUAAAUGCAUUCUCAAGAAUUCAUAUAUUUUUUUAUCAAGAGUUGCUUUGAUCGCGUUUUUGAGUGAAGGUAAACGAUCAAGUUUGGCGUCUGAACAGGACAGAGUUGAAGGUGUAAUAUGAUAAUUUAUUGCCUUAUUCUUUGACAUGAAACAUCAAAUCUAAAUGUAUUUAUUAAACAUGUUAUUUUGUUUUUACUGAUGGAAAACUGUGUGGAAACUUGUUGAUAGUCUGCUGAAUGUCCUCCUUCCAUCGUACUGGAUUUUGAUACUCGUCUUUGAUUCAUGCAAAAAUGUUUAUUGAACACGUGAAUUCACCGGAUGUUCUGUCUGUGGAACAUGAAUAAAAUCAUUUAACAACUAAA